AUGUUGGUGACCGAUACCUCUAUCAAGCCCACUUCCGACGAGGCGACGGCCCAGUCACCGACAACACCAAGCUCGCCGACUCACUCCAACUCCCGUUACAGUACGCAUAUUGUGUUGACUACAUACCCCGGCCAAAGUGGCAUCGACCCCAUUCCGCUCGAAUGGGGCGCCCCAGAUGCCAAAUCCCGCGGCCCCGUCGUUGUCUCCCGCAGCUCCGCACUGCUUAAGCGACGGAAUGCCAUGGGCGCUCAUGGUGGCAGUUACAGCAUCUACAACGCCCUCGCCAUCGCCGCCGGUGACCUGGAACCGAACUUCCGCCCCGACCUCAGCAACAGCCAGCCCACAUUCAACUUCCCAUGGCAGCCGGCCUGGGCCGAUAAGACCAAGAUUGUGUCCAUGGACCCGUGGGGACAUGACAUUGUUAACCAGUUCCGGGACGAGCUAAGCAAGGGCUGGGAUAUCCGCCCCACAAUGGCGGUGACUCGCGCGAACAUGAACUUCGCGGAGAUCGCCGAGGCGGUGAAGGAGGGGAAACUCGAAGUAGACGGGUCGAUUGUGGUUGAUUCCUCCGGUGAGGUGCGCGUCACUAAAGUCGCCGUCGAACCGGUCUGGUAUCUACCUGGUGUCGCAGAGCGCUUCGGAGUUGAUGAGGGCACGCUGCGGCGGACGCUAUUCGAACACACGGGCGGGAGUUAUCCCGAAUUGAUCACCCGGCCCGAUCUGAAGGUCUUCCUCCCUCCCAUUGGAGGCCUGACGGUUUAUAUCUUUGGGCCACCGGAGCGGGUAUCCGAUGAGAAUGUGAAAUUGGCAUUGCGUAUUCACGACGAAUGUAAUGGCAGUGAUGUCUUCCAAUCGGACAUCUGCACCUGCCGACCGUACCUUGCGUUUGGUAUCCGGGAGGCGAUUCGCGAAGCGCAGAGUGGAGGCAGCGGAGUGGUCAUCUACUUCCGAAAGGAAGGUCGAGCCCUGGGUGAGGUGAUCAAGUACUUGGUCUACAAUGCUCGCAAGAGAGGCGGUGAUACCGCCGACAAGUACUUUACGCGGACGGAGAACAUUGCCGGCGUUAGAGACAUGCGCUUCCAAGCUCUGAUGCCCGAUAUCCUGCACUGGCUCGGCAUCAAAAAGAUCGACCGCAUGCUGUCCAUGUCCAACAUGAAGCACGACGCCAUCGUCGAGUCGGGGAUAAAGAUCCUGGAGCGUAUUCCGAUCCCGGACGAGAUGAUUCCGACAGAUUCGCGUGUCGAAAUCGAUGCGAAGAUCAAUGCUGGUUACUUCACAACCGGGAAGAAUGUCACGGCGGAAGACUUGGCUGCUGUGCGCGGACGAGGAUGGGAGAAGUGGGAGGAUAUCACGCACUAA